AUGACACACACAGCAGGCAACAUGUUUGGCCACCGGCCGCCGCUGCCCCCACAGCCACGGCAGCGGGACUAUUCGGCGGACGAGGAAUGCGCGGUGGACGCACUCCUAUUGCUCUCCAUCAGCUGCGGAGGUCUCUGCCUCCAGCGGCAACCCACUCCGCCGGCAAAACCCGCCGUAUACGUGUGCGACCUGUGCGGGGCCACGUUUCCUUCCCACCAAGCCCUCGGAGGCCACAAAACGUGCCACCGCCCCAAGCAGCCUGCCGCAAAGAGCUCCGGCGAGAAGUCCCGUUAUUAUGUGUGCAACAUCUGCGGGGCAUUGUUUGCGUCUGGUCAAGCAGUUGGGGGGCAUCACCGCAAACAUUACAGGGAGAGGGAAAGCCGGAAGUCACAGUCGUCGAGCGGCAGUAGUGGGGACGUCGUCACCAUUGUCCAAGAGGAUCAUCCAGUUCGCCGGGGUUUAGACUUUGACCUCAACCUGCCCUAUCCGUUUGCUGAUUGA